CUGUUCCGCCAGGGAAGUCCUCAAGGCUGAUUUUUUAAAAUCUCUACAGGGAGCAGGGAACUUUAAAGCUAUUAGAGCAAUGCUGCUCUCCUCUGUGAAUAGCCUGAAUUUGACUUCAGUUUUUCCACCUGCAAAAAAGGGGGACUGUGUUAGGGUUCUCCAGAGAGAGAGCACCCAUGGGAUAUAUGGAGACACACACGCACACACACGCACACACACACACACGGAGAGAGAGAGCGAAAAUAAGGAAUUGGCUCACAUGAUCAUGGAGCCCAAGAUCUGGAGUCUGCAAGCUGAACCCAAAGUAGCUGCUGGUGUGAGUUCCAGUCCAAGGGCAGGAGAAGACCAGUAUCUCAGCUCAACGGUCAGGCAGGCAGCUGGUCCCUUUACUCAGCCCUUUUGUUUAAUUCAGGUCUUCAACUGAUUGGAUGAGGCCCACCCACACUGGGGAGGACAAUCUGCUUUCCUCAGUCUACUGAUUCAAAUGUUCAUCUCAUUCAGAAACACCUUCACAGAAUAUUGUGUGGCCGAGUGUCUGGGUGUCCCGUGGUCCAGUGAAGCUGACACAUAAAAUAGCCGUCACAGGGACUGAAGACACGUGUCCUGCUUCCUUUCCAAACUUCUACUCAGAAAGAAAGGAUGGAGGUGGGCUCCAGGUUGCCACAGAUCAAAUAAUUGUGAGACAGUGGUCUUAAAAACCAAGAAGAAGUAGAUGAUUUUUACUCUUAAAGACGGUCAGGCCACUAUCUGAGUCUUUUUUUCACUAUCUGAGUCUGAAUGGGCUGCCAUAACAAAAUACCACGCACCAGGUGGCUUAAACAACAGAAACUUAUCAUCUCACCAUUCUGGAGACAGGUAGCCCCAGAUCAAGGUCCAGCAGGGUCAGUUUCUGGUGAGGCCUCUCAUCCUGGCUUGCAGACGGCCACCUUCUUGCUGUGUCCUCACCUGGCCUCCCUCAGUGCAUACACUCCUGGUGUGUCUUCCUCUCCUUAUAAGGACACCAGUCCUAUUGGGUCAGAGCCCCACUCUUAGGACUGCAUUUAACCGUAAUUACCUCCCUAAAGGUCCCAUCUCCAAGUACAGUGACACUGAGGGUUAAGGCUUCAUAUAUAAACUGGAGGGGGCGGGGUACCCAUCUUUUUACCUCCCUGGAACCAAAAGAUGUCAUAUUCAGCAUUUAUGGUGUAGACAUGGCUCCUUCCAACCCUUAACCCCAUGAAGAGGAAAGAUGAUGAGGUUCAAUGAAUUAUAAUGAAGGCUCUGAAUGCCAUCAUAAUCACCACUGUUGUCAUUAUCAUUUUUAUCCCAAGACAUUAAGAACCUGUUCAUAACAUAUUUGGUGGUUUACAAAGAGAACUCGAAAAAUCGAUUUACUCAGCAAUGUUUAUUGAGCAUCUUUGAUGCCCUUGACUAGCUACUUUUGAGGGGGAGGGAACCAAGAUGAAUAACAACCCCUGCCUUCAAGGUGUACCAGUUUUGUAGGAAUACUUAAACACAUGCACACGUACACAUACCAAGAAUCCAAAGUGGAAAGUGUUAAAUGUAAUGGAAGUGAUAAAGUGACAAAUGUGCACUCUGGGAGUUUGGAAGGGAGAUAAACGUAGAGUUGAUAAGAGUCAUCAUCCUUUAUUGAGCAUUUACCGUGUGCUUGGCAGUUAGCUUAAUCGCGGUUCUCCAGUUCUAGGAUCUUACAUCAUAAGGUAGACAAAAUUCAGCUCACAGUUGACCAAGCACUGCGUGUACCGAUGGGUAAAGCACUGUGUCUGAGACUCUCUCAAAUGCGAAGAUGAUUAAGACAGGUGUCCCGUCCUCUAGAAACUCAUAGUAUAAAUAGGAAACUGUAGGAAUGGGUGCUCAGCCGAACAAAUUGCUAUCAAAUAAAAAAGUGUUCUCACCCUCUAUUGGCCGGAGAUAGGCACCUGUCGGGAAGGGAAGGUGAAUCUGUGUUUGUGCUUGGACACUUGGCGAGUCUCCACGUGCGGCCAGAGCAGCUCUAUGUGGUAAUACCUUGCGGAAAAGCCACGGAUUUGCCUGGAGUGACAUGGGGUUGGAGGUCUGGGCCUGAGGAGAGCGGGAGAGGAGACAGAAGUGCUUUUACUCUCUUUAGCACUGAAUGGACUCUGGUGGGGAAGUUUGCACCGAGACCAAGGAUCAAUGACGGCCCUGCCCACCACUAAACUGGGGAGGGGAGGGGAGAGUGAGGGAAGUUCAGUAAGGUGGACAAAAUCUGAAGUGUGAAGAGAGGGCCAGACCCAUUGUCCCCACCUCCUCCAACCAGAGGAAGCGGGGCAAGCCCCUGGCCCUUCAACAUCACUUGUGGUCACCAAGAGAAAGGCUUAUUACUGAGCAAAGAGGCAGCCAGAAUACUGGUAUCGUUGUGCAAGUUCUGGGCUUAAAAGUAGGAAGAGGGAGUGAUGAGGAAUGGAUCAAGAAAGAAACCUGAAUAUAAUGGUGGAGGGAGGAGUAGAAGCGGGAACAGAGGACGCACUGAGCACCUGCUAUAUUCUCACUAAUUCUUAUCUCAGUUAAUCCCCCAGCAGGCAGGCCGGCCUCGAUGGAGGCGCAGCGGGCUUCAGAGCAGAGGCUCCACCCCUCACUCAGCACAGGCUGACGAGCGGCAGCAGGGCUGAGCUCGGAGCCUGUCCCUCCCACCCAGUACCCUGCCCCACCACUCCUGCACUCCCCCGGGUUGGGGGUGACUUCUCGAGCUGAGCCCCAAGCAGGUGCCUUUCCUGCCUGGGCUGGGCCUUCCUGGCGCAGCUAGUGUUUGGCCGCAGGAAGAGGAUGAAAGUUUGGGGACCGUGAACGUUUAUUCUAACAGCACUUUACAUUUCUUUCCUAAGCGGCUGGAAUUACAAAGGCUGAUCCUACAGAGCAUAGCGUGGGAGCCUGGAGCCCAGCCGCGCAACCCGCGCGUGCGGCGCCCGGGCAGAGACCCGAGCCGCGGGUGGGCGGGGAGGAGCGAUUGUGACCUGCCCGGUCCCUCCCUCGCCAGCACUGUGAUGCUGCAGGGCAGCCGCUGGUCCCCUCCCGCCUGGUGUCACAACAGCGGAGGCGGCUGUAUCUGGAGCAGUUGGAGUGGGCAGGCCCAGCCGGGAGCUAGCGGGCUACGGGAGCGGCCGCGAUGCGGGAAUGCAUAUCCGUCCAUGUGGGCCAAGCAGGGGUCCAGAUCGGCAAUGCCUGCUGGGAGCUCUUCUGCCUGGAGCAUGGCAUCCAGGCCGAUGGCACUUUUAGCACGCAGGCCAGCAAGGUCCAGGACGACGACUCCUUCACCACCUUCUUCAGCGAGACCGGCAACGGGAAGCACGUGCCCCGGGCCGUCAUGGUCGAUCUGGAGCCCACCGUGGUGGAUGAGGUUCGGGCAGGAACCUACCGCCAGCUGUUCCAUCCAGAGCAGCUGAUCACAGGAAAAGAGGAUGCAGCUAACAACUACGCGCGGGGCCACUACACGGUGGGAAAGGAGAGCAUCGACCUGGUGCUGGACCGCAUUCGCAAGCUGACAGAUGCCUGCUCAGGCCUGCAGGGCUUCCUCAUCUUCCACAGCUUCGGGGGCGGCACCGGCUCCGGCUUCACUUCUCUGCUGAUGGAACGCCUCUCCCUGGAUUACGGCAAGAAGUCCAAGCUGGAGUUCGCCAUCUACCCGGCCCCCCAGGUGUCCACGGCCGUGGUGGAGCCCUACAACUCCAUCCUGACCACGCACACGACCCUGGAGCACUCGGACUGCGCCUUCAUGGUCGACAACGAGGCCAUCUACGACAUCUGCCGCCGCAACCUAGACAUCGAGCGCCCGACGUACACCAACCUCAACCGCCUCAUUAGCCAGAUCGUGUCCUCCAUCACGGCCUCCCUGCGCUUCGAUGGCGCCCUCAACGUGGACCUCACCGAGUUCCAGACCAACCUGGUGCCCUACCCCCGCAUCCACUUCCCCCUGGUCACCUAUGCGCCCAUCAUCUCGGCCGAGAAGGCCUACCACGAGCAGCUGUCCGUGGCCGAGAUCACCAGCUCCUGCUUUGAGCCCAACAGCCAGAUGGUGAAGUGUGACCCCCGUCACGGCAAGUACAUGGCCUGCUGCAUGCUCUACCGGGGGGACGUGGUGCCCAAGGAUGUGAACGUCGCCAUUGCCGCCAUCAAGACCAAGAGGACCAUCCAGUUUGUCGACUGGUGUCCCACAGGCUUCAAGGUGGGCAUCAACUACCAGCCCCCCACGGUCGUCCCCGGGGGAGACCUGGCCAAGGUGCAGCGGGCCGUCUGCAUGCUGAGCAACACCACGGCCAUCGCCGAGGCCUGGGCCCGCCUGGACCACAAGUUCGACCUCAUGUACGCCAAGCGUGCCUUCGUGCACUGGUACGUCGGAGAGGGGAUGGAAGAAGGAGAAUUUUCCGAGGCCCGGGAGGACCUGGCUGCCCUGGAGAAGGAUUAUGAGGAAGUGGGGACUGAUUCUUUUGAAGAAGAAAACGAAGGGGAGGAAUUUUAAAUACAAACGUUCCUCGUG